CCCAAUAUGGGAGGCGCAAACCCUCAACCCUAACUCUCUUUGCGGGUCCUCGCUUGCUCGCUCUGUUGUUCGUUCGCACCUCGAAGAUCUCCUGAUCCAUCUCUUUCGGCGAGCUUAGGACCUCUCAGCCAUGGUGGAACGGAAGGGUGAACGCGUCAGGUUGUAUGUGCGAGGGACCAUCCUCGGGUACAAAAGGUCGAAGUCCAACCAGUACCCAAGCACCUCACUCCUCCAGAUUGAGGGCGUGAACACAUCUGAUGAAGUGAAUUGGUACCUCGGAAAGAGGCUGGCUUACGUGUACAAGGCCAAGACCAAGAAAAAUGGAUCGCAGUUUCGCUGCGUUUGGGGAAAGGUUGCUCGUCCCCAUGGUAGCAGUGGUGUUGUCCGCGCUAGGUUCAGGAACAAUCUCCCCCCUUCUUCUCUGGGUGCCAGAGUGAGGGUUUUCAUGUACCCCAGCCGCAUUUAAAUAUGAUUCAAAAGCAUUCCAGUCUUUUGAGGCGCGAAUGGUGGAUGAAUCUGUGGAUAUUGUGAUCCAGCAGAAAUUCAUUUCCUGUUUAGUUUUUUACGUUUGGGGACCCAAUCAGGUACCCGAGUCUGUGCGUAGCCGAGCCCCUUUCUGUUUUGGAGUUACUAUUUUCAUAAUUGAUAUCCGAAUUCUUGCCUUUCGUCUCUCUAA